AUGUCCCGCUUCUUCCGUCUAAUAUUCCUAAUAUUCGAACGAGACCUUCGAAGACCGAAGUGGAGAAGGGUUCCGUGCCAACGUCGGUCGACCACGAAGUGCCCGGGGGGUGGCGGCGCUGCUGGCAGCGAUGUCGGUGGCGUCUCGUCGCUUCUCGGGCGAAACCGCGGUGACGCAAGCGAGCCCGGAGACGUCGCCGAGAGACCCGGGAAGAGUUCUCUCUUCUUCGUAAAGGACCGUGUCCGUGGAAUCGGCUCGUCCGGAGAUACGGAAAAGGUACCUGUAGAGCGCCGCGGCUCGGGCGGCGUCCGGUGCGCUUUCGGCGGCCCUGGAAAAUCCGGGUCCGGUUUUCGCAGCUCUCGAGUCGGUCCGUACCCACCAUCCGCAGCAGGUCUCCAAGGUGUACAGCCUCUCGUCGAUGGCAUCAAUGUAGGUAAGGGAAGUCGGCAAAAUGGAUCCGUACCUUCGGAAGAAGGAUUGGCUCCGAGGACCGGGUCGGUCGGGCCGUGCCCGUGCGAAGCGAGGAACCGGUACGGGGCUGUAGCGUUCGCUCCGUUCGCGCUUUGCGGCGCGGGUUCAAAGUGUCGUAGCGGUCCGCGCUCGCGUUCGUGCAUCUGGCGGUGGCUCAUAUCGGGUCGUCUGUCUGUGCGCGAUGCGUCGUUCACGAACUCCGAGUCAACCCGUUCUUCGCUGCUUACGCUCGUCGUCUUCCGCUCCCUUCUCUGUCCUCUUUCCCGUUUCGCGCCUCGCGUGUCGCAUUCGCUACGGGUCUCCGCUCGCGGCGCCACCCCGUCGCUACCGGCGCGUCGGCCGGCGAGCAAAACGGCUCCUCGCCCGGGUCUUCGUGGAGCGCCACGGCUUCCAGCCCCUCUUCAGGUAAGCGGCGCGUGUAGGUCUCAACCUGCGUUCGCGCGCAGGCGGCUCGCACGCGCGCCCGUCCCGCCCGUUGCUCAGCGUCUCUCGGCGUGGGGGCGUUCGUCCGGCAGCGAACGGUCAACUCGGAACUGGUACGGACCGGGGGAAUCCGACUGUCUAAUUAAAACAAAUGAUCGUGUGGCCGAUUCUGAAAAAACUGCUUCGACCUCCACCCACGAGACGUGGGCCACCAAAAACUCUAUAAACUUCCUUGCCGAUCCGGAAGACUUGCCCCACCGUUGUAGCUUCCCUGUUUGCCCGUGCGCUUUUACGCGAGCAUCCAGCCUAGCCGCCCACAUAUGGAAAAAACACCCAGCUGAAUGGAAUGACAUUAAGAAAAGGCGCGACGCCUCACGUCGCUCAAACGUCCGCACCUACGCUCGAUGGACGAGAGAGGAGUUGGAGCGUAUGGCUGCGAUAGAGCACGAGGCGUUGUCCAAAGGCGUGCAACACAUGAACUCUUACUUAACUCUCUACUUGGCACGCACUAGGGAUCAGAUCAGCUGCAGGCGGAAGAAGGACGACUAUAAAGCCAUCCUGAAGUCGCUUGAAAGCGAAGCCCAAUGUCCCGGCCCGGACGGUAGCCGGGCUCGAGUGGUUCCCGACAGCCCCAGGAACGACCACCCAACUAAGGAAGGACUGGUCGCAAAUGGUCAGCUGAAGAGAUCAAAGUCCUCCAGCAGGCGCCACCCGAUGUCCCGGACACCGAACUGGUCCCUCUCCUUCCUGGCCGUACGGUCCAGGCCAUCCGAUCCAGAAGGCGGCGUCUCGUCGCCCAAAGGGCCGGACCGGUCGGGCCUGCGACCCAGGCUCCGAUGGACGAGGAGCAGGUCACGGCCGAGCCCCAGCCGUACGAGCGCUCCAUGA